AUGGCCAAGUUAACAAAGAUCAAUCACGCUACUUUGAUUUUAUAUCUGUCGCUUGCCGUUAUCCUGAGGGGCCAUUAUGGCCAUGCUAUCACAGGAAGAAACCCUUGUACUCAUCAAUGUUCACUAUCUGUUCGACAAUCAGAUUAUCAAGUAUUAAAAACGAAGAUAGAUCAGAAUAUCGCUCGUGUAAUUUAUUUUCAAGUUAACGAAAGUUACUCCGAUAGUAAAACGACUUAUGCUUGGAGUCGUCCUAAUUUUGGUGAAAUCUUGUUGUCGUUACCAGCUGAUUUUCACUUGAUCAAUCUAUACUUGCCGGCAGUUUUUCAAGAUUAUAUUCGUGUUUAUCCCGUUGAAAAACCAAAUCGUUGCAUGUCAUUACUAAAUGAUCAAUGUAAACGCCUGUUAUUUCGAAAUUAUAUAAUUGAUUUACCAAAUAAUGGCCGUUCCUGUCCUAAUGACGAAAAAUGCAAUGUUGUCUGCUCUCGUCAAUACGAUCUUGCUAGUAGUCUUGAUAAAAUUAAUUUACAAUGCUGCUGGAAAAUUUCUAAUGAGACAAAAUGUUCAACAACGGAUAAAGCAUCCACUUAUAUCAUUGCAUUUCGUUAUAUAUCACUCCUCGUUAGCUGUGCUUUAGGCGCAAGCCUUGUCAAAUGGACACUAAAAGCUACCCCGGCGUUAAGGAAAAACGAUACAGGCGGAGAAUCAACCGCAAUGGAUCUCCGAAUCAUUACUGAUUAUCGCUCUGAAAGUAUCGGCUAUCGAUUUAAACGUUUCCUACUGGAAUAUUUUAUAACCAAGAGAAUUUGGUUACGUAUGAUUGGUGUUUUCUUAGUUAGCAUGACAGGAUUAGCAGUUUCAGUAUGGUUCCAAUUACAUGCUAACUAUUUCUUAAUUUAUCCUAAUUUACGCGGAUCUAUCAUUUUACCAUCGCAAACGUUUUAUAUCUUUUGCGCUAUUGCUGCAAUUUAUGGGUCUGCAACAUUAUAUAUCGUGAUUGCUAUCAUUUUUCGCUAUGGUAAUGAAGAAUAUGAACGAUUAUUUAUCAAUAAAGUCGAAGCAAUCUUUAUCUACAGUGAAUCGCAGUUAAAUCGCCGUUUUAUAAAAUAUAUUGCUCGAUGGUGGUUUCAUUUUCGUCAAUUAUUUGCUUGUCGAUAUUUUGGCCGCAGCUGUUGGCUCUCCUUGACCAUGUUGUUGGAAAUUAUUCUGUCUAUACCAUUUUUCUUAAUUAAUAAAAUGUCACUUUAUUAUUACGUUUUUAAGAAAUCAGAAAUUAUCGCUACCAGAUUAUGCAGUAAAGGUUACGCUAAUCCUAGCUUUCGGGAAACCAUUUUUCGACCGACGAUUUAUAUUGCUACCUUAAUCUUUUAUGCUUGCAGUGUUGUCUUUCUAUGGAUAACUUAUCAAGUUAUUGUGCGUAUGAUAAUUACAUCGGCAGCAUUUGUUAUGGCUAAUGGUACUUAUUUUACCUCUUAUAUUGGCAUCUUUAUGCCGUUUAUUUAUUUUUUAACACAAGUAUUGAACAGCUAUGCUGAAGAGAAGUUGUCCAUAAUAACAGAUAUUUUAAAAGUAAGAGAACAAGUCGAAGCAGAAGGUCAAAAAUUUCAAACUAAAUUAUACGGCAAACUAGCUAUUUACUUACAUAUUAAUGAAGAUUUAUCGAUGGAACUUGAUUUACCUAAAAUUUUAUUACCGUUAAGGGGAGAAUUUGAAGACAUUUUUAAGCAAUUAGUCUCCUUAUAUACAUGUGAAUUAAAAAGUGAAGAAACUCAAGUUAUUCUGUAUUAUAAUAUAAAAAACUAUCAACAAAACAAAAUUGUAUUUUCCGAAUAUUCUUUCUUUUUGUCCAAGUUAAACGAUCAAAUUGUAGAGAUAUUGCUAUCAGAAGAAGCGCGUCAGAAUUCAUUGAUUCCAAUCUAUUACGAAGAUCACGAUAUCCAAACCAGAAAACUUCAAAUUGCUAUACCUAUGGAUCUCUACAAGUAUUUAUCCUAUCAUUUGCCUAAAUUAUCUACUAGCCCAUGGCAAUUAGUAUUAAGGAUAACCAUUAUAACGGUAGUUGGAGCUAUAUUUUAUUUAGCUGCUGCUUCUUUUAACAGCUUAGAAAGAUUGAAUUCACUAGGCGAUGCGGUAUCUGUCUUUGUCCUAACUUAUGCUACCAUGUUUUUGGGCUUAAAAUAUAUUGCUGAAGAUGUUAAAUCAGAAAAACGACAAGAAGCCAUUAAAAACUAUGCCAUAAAGUAUAUGAAAGGUUAUACAUUCUUCUAUUCAAGAGGAAUAAGCUAUAAUCAUUGCGCUCAAUUGUCUGAAAUUAUAUGUUCAUCCGAUGAUCAAGAUAUUCGUCUUCGAGCUAACAGUACUUCCAGAAAGAAUCGCCGAUUGACUGUCGUGGCAAAAAAACUAGGCCUCAAUGAUAAUCUAAAUGAUGAGAAAUUUCUCUUCCCAAUUACAACUAUGUCAAUGCAAAGCAAUCAUACAGAAGUAUAA